UGAUGGCUAUUGAGAAGCUGCCCAAAUAUGCCCAAGCUGGAUUCGAAGGAUUCAAAACCUUGAAUCGCAUACAGAGUAAACUCUUCAAAACCACAAUGGAGACGGAUGAGAACCUGCUGGUUUGCGCUCCAACGGGUGCUGGCAAAACUAAUGUUGCUCUCAUGGCAAUGCUCAGAGAGAUCGGAAAGCAUAUUAACAUGGAUGGCACCAUCAAUGUUGAUGAUUUUAAAAUCAUCUACAUCGCUCCCAUGCGCUCACUGGUACAGGAGAUGGUGGGCAGCUUUGGCAAGCGCUUGGCUAGCUAUGGCAUCACUGUUUCUGAGCUGACCGGAGACCAUCAGCUGUGUAAGGAGGAAAUAAAUGCCACCCAGAUUAUUGUGUGCACCCCAGAGAAAUGGGACAUCAUCACCCGGAAAGGAGGAGAUCGCACAUAUACGCAGCUUGUGCGCCUUAUCAUUAUCGAUGAGAUCCACUUGCUGCAUGAUGACCGUGGCCCUGUUCUGGAAUCCCUGAUUGCUCGAACCAUCCGCAAUGUGGAACUGACACAGGAAGAUGUGAGGCUAAUUGGCCUCAGUGCCACACUGCCCAACUAUGAGGAUGUGGCGACCUGCCUUCGUGUGGAUCCAUCCAAGGGGCUCUUCUAUUUCGACAACAGUUUCCGGCCUGUGCCUCUGGAACAAACCUAUGUAGGAAUUACAGAAAAGAAGGCUAUCAAACGUUUCCAGAUUAUGAAUGAGAUCGUCUAUGAGAAGAUCAUGGAACAUGCUGGAAAGAAUCAGGUGUUGGUGUUUGUGCACUCGAGAAAGGAGACCGGAAAGACGGCACGUGCGAUCAGGGACAUGUGUUUGGAGAAGGACACACUGGGGUUGUUCCUAAGAGAGGGUUCGGCCUCCACUGAGGUCCUGAGGACUGAAGCAGAGCAGUGCAAGAACCUGGAGCUGAAAGAUCUAUUGCCGUAUAGUUUUGCUAUUCACCAUGCUGGAAUGAGCAGAGUGGACAGAACGUUGGUAGAAGAUCUGUUUGCUGACCGUCACAUUCAGGUAUUGGUGUCGACAGCCACUCUGGCCUGGGGUGUGAACUUGCCAGCGCACACUGUCAUCAUCAAAGGCACACAGGUGUACAGCCCAGAGAAAGGCAGAUGGACAGAGCUGGGAGCCCUGGAUAUCCUACAGAUGCUGGGUCGUGCUGGCAGGCCGCAGUAUGACUCUAAGGGAGAGGGUAUUUUGAUCACUUCACAUGGAGAGCUGCAGUAUUACCUGUCCUUGCUCAAUCAGCAGCUACCCAUCGAGAGCCAGAUGGUGGCCAAACUACCCGACAUGCUCAAUGCAGAGAUAGUGUUGGGCAAUGUGCAGAAUGCCAAGGAUGCUGUAAAUUGGCUGGGUUACACAUACCUUUAUGUUCGGAUGUUGCGGAACCCCACUCUAUAUGCCGUCUCCCAUGACGACCGCAGCAUUGACCCCCUGCUGGAGCGACGCAGGAUGGACCUGGUGCACACGGCAGCCACUGUCUUGGAGAAGAACAACUUGGUCAAAUAUGACAAGAGAUCUGGCAACUUUCAGGUGACAGACCUGGGCCGCAUUGCCAGUCAUUUCUACAUCACCCACGAGUCCAUAAUGACUUACAACCAGCUGCUGAAGCCUACACUGAGUGAGAUUGAGCUCUUCAGGGUGUUCUCGCUCUCCUCUGAGUUCAGAAACAUCACCGUCAGAGAGGAAGAAAAACUUGAGCUUCAGAAACUGCUUGAGAGAGUCCCUAUUCCAGUGAAGGAAAGCAUUGAAGAGCCCAGUGCAAAGAUUAAUGUGCUGCUGCAGGCAUAUAUUUCUCAGCUCAAACUGGAGGGCUUUGCUCUCAUGGCUGACAUGGUCUAUGUGACACAGAGUGCUGGCAGGCUGAUGAGGGCCAUUUUUGAGAUUGUCCUGAGCAGAGGCUGGGCCCAACUUACCGAUAAGACUUUGAACCUUUGCAAGAUGAUCGACAAAAGGAUGUGGCAGUCGAUGUCUCCCUUGCGCCAGUUCCGUAAGCUUCCAGAGGAGGUCAUCAAAAAGAUUGAGAAGAAGAACUUUCCCUUUGAGCGCCUCUAUGAUCUGAACCACAACGAAAUUGGUGAGUUGAUCCGCAUGCCAAAGAUGGGGAAGACCAUUCAUAAGUAUGUCCAUCAGUUCCCAAAGCUGGACCUGGCAGUUCAUCUGCAGCCCAUCACACGCUCCACUCUGAAAGUGGAGCUCACCAUCACACCAGAUUUUCAGUGGGACGACAAGAUACAUGGCUCAUCUGAGGCCUUCUGGAUCUUAGUGGAGGAUGUGGACAGUGAGGUCGUUCUUCAUCAUGAGUACUUCCUCCUGAAGGCCAAGUACGCUCAGGAUGAGCAUCUUGUCACUUUCUUUGUGCCCGUGUUUGAGCCGCUGCCACCACAGUACUUCAUUCGCAUAGCUUCAGACCGUUGGCUGUCAUGUGAGACACAGCUGCCCGUUUCUUUCCGUCACCUGAUCCUGCCUGAGAAAUAUCCUCCCCCCACCGAGCUGCUGGACCUGCAGCCAUUGCCCGUGUCUGCUCUAAGAAACACAGCCUUCGAGAGCCUCUACCAGAAGUUUCCCUUUUUUAACCCAAUCCAGACCCAAGUGUUCAAUGCCGUGUACAACAGCGAUGAUAACGUAUUUGUUGGCGCCCCCACUGGCAGCGGGAAGACCAUAUGUGCUGAGUUUGCCAUUCUUAGGAUGCUCCUACACAACUCAGAGGGCCGCUGUGUCUACAUCACACCCAUGGAGGCUCUGGCCGAACAGGUCUUUAUUGACUGGCACCAGAAGUUCCAGGAGACUUUGAAUAAGAAGGUUGUCCUGCUCACCGGUGAGACUAGCACUGACCUCAAGCUGCUGGGUAAAGGUGACAUCAUCGUCAGCACCCCAGACAAGUGGGACAUCCUAUCCCGCCGCUGGAAACAGAGGAAGAAUGUGCAGAACGUUAGUCUCUUCCUUGUAGACGAGAUUCAUCUCAUUGGAGGUGACAAUGGACCUGUGCUGGAGGUGAUUUGCUCCAGAAUGAGGUACAUCUCCUCUCAGAUUGAGCGGCCCAUCCGUAUCGUGGCCCUCAGCUCCUCUCUGUCCAAUGCUAAAGAUGUGGCCCACUGGCUUGGCUGCAGCACUACGGCCACCUUCAACUUCCACCCUAAUGUCAGGCCGGUUCCUCUUGAACUUCACAUCCAGGGCUUCAACGUGAGUCACACACAGACUCGUCUGCUGUCUAUGGCUAAACCAGUGUAUCACGCCAUAAUGAAACAUUCCCCAUCCAAGCCAGUGCUGGUGUUUGUGCCAUCAAGACGUCAGACUCGUCUCACCGCUAUUGAUAUCCUCACCUUCUGUGCUGCAGACGUGGUCCCACAAAGGUUCCUGCACUCAACUGAGAAGGACCUAGCUCCAUUCAUGGAGAAUCUCUCUGAUGUUACACUGAAGGAGACCCUCUCUAAUGGGGUGGGGUACCUUCAUGAGGGCCUUUCACCUACAGAGCGCAGGAUUGUGGAGCAUCUCUUCAAUUCUGGUGCCAUUCAGGUGAUGGUGGCGUCUCGUUCUCUCUGCUGGGGCACCAACAUUUCUGCCCACCUGGUGAUUGUCAUGGACACGCAGUACUACAACGGGAAAAUCCAUGCAUAUGUGGACUAUCCAAUCUAUGAUGUGCUCCAGAUGGUAGGAAAGGCUAACCGUCCUCUCCAGGAUGAUGAGGGCCGGUGUGUUAUCAUGUGUCAAGGGUCCAAAAAGGACUUCUUCAAGAAGUUCCUCUACGAGCCUCUGCCUGUGGAGUCUCACCUGGACCACUGUCUUCACGACCAUUUCAAUGCUGAGAUCGUCACCAAGACGGUGGAGAACAAACAGGACGCUGUAGACUACAUGACCUGGACGUUUCUGUAUCGCCGCAUGACCCAGAACCCCAACUACUACAACCUGCAGGGUAUGUCUCAUCGUCACCUGUCAGAUCAUCUGUCUGAGCUGGUGGAAAACACCUUGCAAGAUCUGGAGCAGUCCAAGUGCAUCAGCAUCGAGGAUGAGAUGGAUGUGGCACCUCUGAAUCUGGGCAUGAUUGCAGCCUAUUACUACAUAAACUACACCACCAUUGAGCUGUUCAGUAUGUCCCUAAACGCCAAGACAAAGGUCCGUGGCCUCAUCGAGAUCAUCUCCAAUGCUGCGGAGUAUAAAAACAUUCCCAUCAGGCACCAUGAAGACACCCUGCUACGGCAGCUGGCUCAGAAAGUUCCUCACAAACUGAACAACCCUAAGUUCAACGACCCUCAUGUGAAGACCAACCUGCUGCUCCAGGCUCAUCUGUCCCGCAUGCAGCUGAGCGCUGAGCUCCAGUCAGAUACUGAGGAGAUCCUCAGCAAAGCUGUGCGGCUGAUCCAGGCCUGUGUGGACGUGCUCUCCAGUAAUGGCUGGUUGAGUCCAGCGCUGGCUGCCAUGGAGCUGGCUCAGAUGGUCACGCAAGCCAUGUGGUCCAAAGACUCGUACCUCAAACAACUACCCCACUUCACUUCUGAACACAUCAAGCGCUGCAUGGACAAGGGUGUGGAGAGCAUCUUCGACAUCAUGGAGAUGGAAGACGAGGAUCGCACUGGUCUUCUUCAGCUUACUGAUGUACAAAUGGCGGAUGUGGCACGCUUCUGUAACCGCUAUCCCAACAUUGAGCUGUCAUACGAAGUGGCUGACAAAGACAACAUCAAAAGUGGAAGUCCAGUGGUCGUCCAAGUGCAGUUGGAGCGAGAAGAGGAAGUUACAGGUCCUGUCAUUGCUCCUCUGUUCCCUCAGAAACGUGAAGAAGGCUGGUGGGUUGUUAUUGGAGACCCCAAAUCGAACAGUCUCAUCUCUAUCAAGAGGUUAACUCUUCAACAGAAAGCCAAGGUGAAACUUGACUUUGUGGCACCUGUUGUUGGUGUGCACAACUACACACUGUACUUCAUGAGCGAUGCCUACAUGGGCUGCGACCAGGAAUACAAGUUCAGCAUGGAGGUUAAUGAAGCAGACAGUGAGGGGGAAAGUGACAGUGAUUAAUCCCAGAUUAGUCAUAGUGGAUGGUUAUAUCAUGUUUAAGUGUUUUUUGUAUGUUCUUUUGAAGAAUAUUGUGACAGUUUAAUUCAUUGUGAUUUAAUAAA